CUUUUCCAUUUUAAAUUUUUUUAUUUUUCUUCAUUCUAUAAUGUCAGCAUUAAAACUACCGAAAAAGAAAAACAUACAACAUAAUCUUACCAGGAUUAAUAAAGAAAAAGGCACCAAUACUAGAAAAGCUACAUUAGAUUCUAAUAAUGAUACAUCCACAUUAAUAGAAAAUUACGUUCAAAUUAAAAAAAGACGAUUACAAAGACAAGACACAGAGACUCAACUUUCUAAUUUAUUUAGUAAAUUACAAAAUGAUCUAGAAACAAAAGAGAAAAAUGGUGAAUUUGGCAUCCAUGUUACAUUGAACGAUAGAUUGGAUCAUAAUAUAGACGACGACGACGAUGAUGAUGAUGAUGAUGACGACGACAACAACAACAAAGAAAGGGAACAAAAAAUACAUCGAAUAGAAAUUAAUGAUGAAUUUUUGUUACAAGAAGAAUCAGACAUGGAUGAGAUUGAAGAAGAAAAAAAAUUAAAUCAAGUGAUUCAACAUUAUUUUGAUCAAGAUACACAAGAAAAUAUUGAUCGAGCUAUUAAAGUAACAAAGUACAAUGACGAAUUGGUGAAAGAAAAAAAGAAUAGAUGGUAUCAAGAGUUUUUUAAACCAGGAUAUAAAUCUAUUAGAGAGCCUUUUUUAAUUUCAAGGGACUUGGAAAUAGGACAAAAAGAAAUUCAUCUAUCCGAGUUAUCAAGCUCUUCUAAAGGAAGAACAUUUUUAUUGCAAUCAGGUUGUAUGAAAGAUUGGUAUAAAAGUGGCUGGAAAUGUCCAAAUUAUGUAUAUCAAUGGAUAUUUGAAGUAGUUGGCUUGGAAUCAAAUAAGAUAGCAGCUAAAAAUGCGUUAUCUACAUUAUUUGUUUUAUGGUCUUUACCAGGUAACAGAAUGGAUAGCAAGUUGCCUCAUAUCUAUCAACAACGAUACAUUAAGUUUAAAACAUUCAGAUCAGUUUUGCUAGCUUACGAUGCUAUUCCUUCACUGUUAUUUGAGCAUAUGUAUGCAUCCUCACAAGAAGAAGAGAAGGCUGUAAAGAAAGCAAAAGAAAAAAAUGCAUCUCAUCAGAUUCCAUCUUUACCCAUCUCACAAUUAGGUUGGAUGAUAAAGGCUUUUAGUUUCUCAAUUCGACUAUGGUCAAAGGCUUAUACAACCUAUGAAAUCAGGCAUACUGUUCGACUCUUGUUACAGAUCUCUUUAGAUAAAACCGGCUAUCUCGUAUUACAAUCCAUUCAAUCCGCUAUUGAUAAUUGUCUAUCUGCUAUGAAUGAUACAACCUGGGAGACUGAGAUGAAGAUGAUUGCUAACGAUAUUUGCGAUAUAGUGACUGAUAUGAAUAAACAGGUCCAUCUCUUUGAUGCCAUUAAAACAAUGUAUAAUCGUUCACGUUAUUUACGUCGAAUACUUGCUGUAACUUGUUUCGAACGAUGUCUUGAAAGAAUGAUACCAAGAAGUAUUGAUUAUGUUUCUACUGAUCAAAGCAUCAUUCAACACAUUUCACAAAUAUUUCACCAUGAAAAAGGUUUUUUUAAUAAAGUGAAAAAAGCACGAGGACAAGGAGUUUUAGAUUAUGAAGAAAUUUAUCUUCAAGUUGCUGUAUUAGAUGCAGCUAUUGGAAAUGAUGAAGUAGAGAUUAAGCAAGACAAGGAUAUUAUCUUGUCUAUUAUUGAUGAUUUAAGAGAAGUCAAUUUUUUAAUGGGUGCCAAAUUAGGAGUUAUGAAAAAGACAAUUGCAAGUGAAAUGUUACAACGUGUUUGGAGUCGUUUAUUUGACAUUGUUAGCAAAUAUAUAAAAGUCGAACUAUAA